GGAAGGGCGGGGAGUUUGGUUGUCUUUGAUUUUAGUGUUGAUUAUGUCAUGGGAUUGUUUCGAUUGUUUGAAGGAUAUAAUCUGUACUCAAUGGGCGUUAGUUACUUUAGUGCUUUUGUUGUUCGCAGUCUACAUAACCCCAAAAGUUCUGGUUAUUGUUCUAACGACAUUUCUUAGUAAAUUUAUUCCAUGUAUCCUCACCGUUCAAAGGUUUGGAUUUAUUUGGGCACGUGGGGUUACUCUCACUUUCAUAAACGGAGAGUGCAUGUAUGUGGAUUCUAUAUAUUUUAGCAGUAGCUUAUGGAAUCCUAAAGCUAAGACUUUGUUGUCUGCUUGGAUAACUGGUGCUAAGUUUUGUGUGACUGACACCGGUCUUUAUGGUAUUAUCAAAUUAAUGCAGCGCAAAGGUGACGGCAUCAGAACCCGUCUGAAUAAAGGCUUUAUGUCAUGGAAAAUAAGACUGGUUUCGUUCAUUUCAAUUGAUAUAUCAUCCAUACAAAUAGUAGUAUUAUCGACCACAUUUCUGGAUGAUGCUUUAUAUUUGAAUUAUAAAAAGACUGAGGAUGGUGCACUCAAUAAUAACAGUAAUAGAUCUGCCUGUCAUCAUUGCUUAAUUCAUAUCAAUGAUUUAAGUGAUGUUUACCAACCUAUUCAAUUUAAUCGUCAAACAUGCUUCCGUUUGAAUAAAACUAGUAAAUUGGCUUUAACUCUACGAAUGACAAAGUUAAGAAUGUUAUUUCAUAUCAGUAUGAGACAGGCUCAUGUAAAUCUACAUGUAUCCCAUAUUUGUGGAAAGUUACUAUGUAUACCUGUGUUCAUGGAAACUUGGUUAAGUGAUGAUUUAUUCAGUAAAAAUUGGAAUGUUAUCUUUGAAAACGCUCACAUAUUGGGUCAUCUUCGUUUACAAUUGUCCACCAAUAUUUCAUUGGAAUGCCGAAAUUUCAAUAAUGCAACACUGUCAUCAUUAAAUGGUUGGUUCGUAAAAUCGGUCGAUUUAAAAUUGUAUGGACUACGUACUGUAAUUUUAGAAGAGCUUAUAGAUUUGUUGAGUUGGAAACUUUAUACAAAUCAAACAUCUAUCUUAACCACACAAAUGUCAUCGCUUACAUCAACGUGUCCUCAUUGUCAUCAGUUUACCAUUAAGCAUCAAGAGGAUACUUUACAAAUGCUGGGGCAUUCAUCAUUUCCUUUUAAAAAUAAUAAAUCUUGUUAUUUGAAACAAACAUCAGAGAAUAUUAUAUCCGAUAAUUCAUUAAAAUCAAAUUUUCAAUGUGUUCAACAAUAUUUGAAUUCCGUAAAAUUGUGCAUUUCGUUCUUACCGUUACAAUUGUUCAGUUUCAAUCAUAAUCAUUUUGAACAGAUACAACCACAAUUCUCCUCCUCCUCAUCAUCAUCAUCAUCAGUAACAAGUUCAGUUGUACCUGAGAUGGGAUUCUAUUUUGAAAUAAUUAGAUAUUCAUUUAAAAGAAGUCUCCAAUUCUAUUUCACUUCGUCUCAUUUAUCUAUGGAAUUCAAUGUGCCUAAUUCUAUAAAAUGUAAUCAAAAUGUUGAAACACUUCAGACGACAUCUGAUUUUUACACAUCAUUACAUUCAUUAUCUUUACCAAUAUCACGAAUAAUCCCAUCAAAUCUGUUGAAUGAUGAUAAUAUUGACAGUAAAAUUCUAUUUAAUCAUUUCAUUUUAUUAAAUUUUCGAUUUUGUUUGAAUGAUUUACGCUUAUUAAAUGGUUGGAAUUCACAGGCUAAGCAUUGUUUAUUAGAUGCUAGGAUAUAUUUAAUAGAAGCAACCGAGCAACUCGAAUCAUCUAUUUGUAAUCUUUAUUUGAAUAUUUUACACUCAUCAAUAUUUUAUAUACAUGAUAAUAUAAUGGAAAUGAAUUUUUAUAGAAAAUUAUCAUCUAUCUGUUAUUUGUUUGGAAUAUGGUGUAAAACAUUAUAUGGAAAUUAUAAUUCUAUUAAUAAUCAUCCAAUUAUACCUAUAACCAAUAUUGAGUCACAUAAUUAUCCAAAGAACAAUACAGAUUCAAAACAGUUUAAUUUUAUGGCACAAGAAAGCUUGUCUAGAAGAAAGUUCUUUCGAUUAAUUGAGUAUCUUGGUUUGAAUACACGUCAGUUAAAUGUACGUAUUUACUUUGGUGAUGGUGGUGGUUCUCGUAUUGCAGUACGUAACGAUAACAUCAAUACCGGUAGUACUAGUAUUAUUCAUCAUAAUGCAGAAGGAUCUGGAGCAUCUGACAGUACUAUCAGUGAUGAUAAUUCUGGCGGUGGUGUUAUUACUGCAGAUUGUAAAUCAUUGAAUUGUACUGAUGAUUUUAAUACAGAACAACGCUAUCCUGAUCAUAAUCAUAUUGGAAUGAUGGGAAGAUUGAAAAGUAGAAAAAUCCCAAAAAUUUUACUUGUACUCAUUCCUCAUUUAAAGUCACCUGGAUUACAGUUCGGUUUUACAAAUUCUCUUGUAAAUCUUCAAUUUGAUUUUCAUGAAUUAAAUCUGAAAAAACCAUUUGAUUUGUUGAAUCUAACCGAUUUAAAUUUAACGCUAUCGAAUUUUCAUGUUUGUUUAUUGGAUAAAAUUCAUGAAUCUAUUGUUAGUGGGACAGAUACUUCACAGGCACCGUCAUCAUCAUUAUCCUGUUUACAUAGUCUUUAUUCUGUUCGUUGUAAUCAGUCCACUGUUAUUUAUUCAUUAAUACAUGAAUUGCCUACUUUAAAUAAUCAUCAUUGGGAUGACCUGUUCUAUGUACAUGGAAUCGAUAUUUGGAAUCACAAAUAUCAAAUUAGUUUUAAAUCCACCAUAUUGCAAAUAGAAUGGCCAUCAUUUAAAAUGAAUGAAUUAAUUAAUUAUAUACAUUGGGAUUAUUCAAAUGAGAAUGUUUAUCAGUGUUAUAAUAAUCAUGUCAAGAAAUUGUCAACAAAUCGAUCCUCUUCAAUUCAGUCUUAUUUUACAGAAAAUUACCUGAAUAAUCCAAUUCAUUUUGAUGGAUUUUUAGAGAAUAUCAACAUUUUUUUAAUAAACAGUAAUAAUUCAUUUCUUAUGCUACGUGUAGAUAGCCAACGUUUAUUGCACAAUUUCGUUCAAUUAAUCCUAUAUAUCAACCAUUGA